CCCUUCGAUUGGUAUGUGAUUGAGAAGUGUUGGAUUGUGAUAAUUGCAGCUGAUUUUUUUUUUCUCCCAACUUCUCUGUGUAGAAUUUUAUUUCUUUUUCAUAUAUUGAUUUAGUAAUUUAGGCCUGUUUGGAUGUCCACAUUAAUCAGGAUUUGGGCAGAUGCAGCUGCUUUUUUAGUUAAAAUAUGAGGAAACAUGGUUUGACUUGAUAUUGUACAAAGUGUUCAACGGCAUAAAAAAGCUGUGGUCAUUGGUAUACCAUACAGUAAUGCCUUGUUUUCCUUGCUUAUUUAGAAAGAAUGUGGCUUCUCCCGUGCAACGAUCUGUUGCAGUUGAUGAAGAGGUUUCAGGCAUCCAUCCAAAUGUCAGAAUUUUCAGUUACCAGGAUUUGAGAAUUGCCACUGAUGGUUUUAGUCUUGCUAAUAAAAUUGGGCAAGGAGGUUUUGGUUCUGUCUACAAGGGAAGGCUUGCAGGAGGCAGGCUUGCCGCAAUAAAGGUGCUUUCAGCUGAAUCAAGACAAGGGGUGCGGGAGUUUUUGACUGAGAUAGAUGUGAUUUCAAAUGUAGAGCAUGAAAACCUUGUUAAGCUGCAUGGUUGCUGCAUUGAAGGGCAUCGUAGGAUAUUGGUGUAUGGCUAUCUUGAGAAUAACAGCCUUGCUCAAACCCUCCUAGGUGGAAGGCGCAGUAGCAUUCAAUUCAGCUGGAAGACACGAUUAAAAAUCUGCAUCGGAGUUGCACGUGGGCUUGCAUAUCUUCAUGAGGAGGUCCAGCCACAUAUAGUGCAUCGAGAUAUCAAAGCAAGCAAUAUCCUUCUUGAUAAAGAUCUUAACCCUAAAAUUGCAGAUUUUGGUCUAGCAAAGCUUCUCCCACCAAAUAUGACUCAUGUCAGUACCCGUGUGGCCGGAACAGUAGGUUACUUGGCACCCGAAUAUGCAAUCCGGGGACAGCUUACACGAAAAGCAGACAUUUACGCCUUUGGUAUUCUCAUUAUGGAAAUAGUCAGUGGCAGAUGCAAUACCAACAAGAUGUUACCUUCUGAAGAACAAUACCUUCUUGAAAGGGCGUGGAACCUGCAUGAGUGCUGUGAGCUGGAGACACUAGUGGACCCAUCACUAAAUGGUGAUUAUGAUGUUGAUGAGGUCUGCAGGUUCCUAAAGAUUGGUCUCCUAUGCACCCAAGAAAUGCCGAAGCUUCGGCCCCCGAUGUCGACUGUUCUGAAGAUGUUGAUGGGCGAGAUGGAGGUGGACGGCGAGAAGAUCACAGAACCGGGAUUCAUUUCAGAUUUGAUGGACGUUAAAGUCAGAGACCCAAAAAAGAAAUCCAAAACAAAGAACACAUCGGACACAGCAUCCUCUGGAAUGUCACAACAGGAAAAUUCAUCAGUGUUGUCAGAAAACACCACCACAUAUGCAUCCAUUACAUUCACUGCAAUAAGCGACCGGAGCCCUUGAGAAGUCACCUUAGGAUUGAUUUUUUUGUUUUCUGAUUUUUGAGCCUCAUUUGAUGUAAAUAUCGUGUAACGUCUCUUUUGGGAAAAAUAAAAAUAAAAAAAGUGGUUUAGGGGGCGUUUGGUUGCACAUAUUUGCAUCAAAUUAUACUAAAUAAUCAUGAAUUAUAGUGAAAUUUCUUUAAAUUUGGUGCAACCAAACACCCUUGGCAAUUUUUCUUUUCGAAAAUUUCAAUGUAACAUUCACUGUACUUGGAGUUUUGCUAAAAACCCACAUGCACCUAUAGGUGGGCAUAUGUGGCAACCUGGCAAUGCUUUUGGGACAUUAAAGCUGUUCAUCAGGUUGGCCACAUGAACAUUGAAUGCAGAUGGUUGGAUAUUCUUUACGUUUUUUUAA